AUGGCCGGCCCCGCGGAACAAGCUCCCCUCGACAAGGAGCGCCAUCUCCGCUACUGGCAGCGCUGCUACCGCAGCUUCCUCCCGACCCAGUACACGAGCCACGACAGCAUCCGCAUGGCCCUCGGCUUCUUCAUCGUCGCCGCCUUUGACAUCCUCUCGCCGGCCACAUCCUCGGGCGAACCGCACGCCCUGACGCCGUCCGACCGCUCCAAGAUCCGCAAGUGGGUGCUGAGCCAGCAGCACGUCGGCGGCGGGUUCAGCGGCGCGCCGAGCCACACGUUGCCGGCGGAGCUCUGCUGGGGCUACGACCUUGAGACGAACAAGCCCGCGUUCAAGCACCCGGACGUGUCGACCAUUGCUGCCACCUACUUUGCGCUGCUGCUGCUCGCGCUCGUCGAGGACGGUACACGGGAAGGGGGCAAAGGGGCGUUUGCAGGGGUGGACCGUGUCGGGAUCCUGCGCUGGCUGCGGCGGCUGCAACGAGAGGAUGGAAGCUUCGGGGACGUGCUCGUGGAGAACGGUGCCAUUUCUGGCGGUCGAGAUAUGAGGCUCUGUUACCUGGCCGCCACGAUUCGAUGGUGCCUGCGAGGCGAUGUCAAGGAGGGCGAGCCCGGCUGGGUGGAGGACAUUGACGUCGACGCACUGAUAGGGCAUAUUCGGCAAGGCCAGACGUACGAUGGCGGGGUAGCGGAGAGCUCGCAGCAUGAGGCACAUGCUGGAUAUGCUUACUGUGCUAUUGGCGCAUUAUACAUGCUCGACAGGCCUCUGGAAAGCACGGAUGAUUCAUUCGACAGCGAAGCGCUGCGUAAGGGCGUCAUUGACCGGGAGGGCCUGAUCAAGUUCCUCGUGCACCGGCAGUUCGCGUACCUCGAGAGGCAAGAACAGGACGCAGAGGAGAAUGACCCCGAUGUCGCCAACUUUGCUCUCCCUCGAAACCUCGCAGACCUCUCGCUCGAGGAGAACAAGCACUUUGUAGGGUUCAACGGAAGAUGCAACAAGGUCGCGGAUACCUGCUACUGCUGGUGGGUCGGCGGGACCCUCGCUACCGGCCUCAUCGCCAAUGCGCCGUCCCGCAACUUCCUUCUGUCCAAGACGCAGCAUAUUAUCGGCGGCUUUGCCAAGUACCCCGGCGGACCACCAGACGUCCACCACGCGUACCUCGGACUCGCCGCCCUUGCCACCAUGGGCGAUUCGUCCCUGCGCGACUUUGACGCUGGGUUGUGCGUCAGCACGGAAACGGUCGACAAGAUUCGCGCUGCAAGGGCGGCUUUGACUGCGUCCGGCCGUCAACCAGAGGCUGCGGCUGGCAUUGCUGGCGCUGGUGUGAAUUUUUGGAAGGGCAAGCAGGCGACGUGGCCGAAGAACACACUUGGCGAAGACGUCAACACGCGGCUCAGCGCAGCGCUCAAGGCGCUCGGAUGA